AUGGGCGACUACAAGCCUGUUGUUGAUACGGCUGGUUCGACGGUGGCCGCAACGGGGAAACAAGUUGAUAAUGAGAUUGAUACCCCGCCGAGUGCAGUUCUCUACCGACAGCUUCGCCAGAAGCCUUUGAACAUCGUUGGAGGCCGAGGCAGCUACCUGCUGACCGAUGAUGGAUUAGAGAUCUUGGAUGCUACCUGUGGUGCGGCCGUCUCCUGUCUAGGUCACAGUGAUGAACGCGUCCAUGCUGCUAUUCUUGAUCAGCUGCAAAAUAUCCCCUACUGCUACCACUUGUAUUUCACCAACAGUGCCGCUGAGCAACUUUCUAGGCUUCUGGUUGACUCAACCGGUGGCAAGAUGUCUCGUGCAUAUAUUGUGAGCUCCGGGACCGAAGCUAUUGAGGCCGCCAUCAAGAUGGCAGUGCAGUAUUUUAUGGAGCUACCGGAGCCUCAACCGCAGCGUGUCAACUUCAUUUCCCGCCAGCAGUCCUACCACGGCAAUACUCUGGGAUCUCUCGCUGUCGGACAUCAUGUCGCCCGCAGAGGCAUCUACGAGAAGAUCCUUUCUAAGAAUGUCACUCACGUCUCUCAAUGCUACCCCUACCGCAACAUGCAGCCAGACGAGACCGUCGAAAAUUACGUGGCCCGACUAGCUCAGGAGCUAGACGACGAGUUCCACAGAUUCGGUCCGGAUACUGUCUGCGCUUUUGUGGCCGAGACGAUGCCCGGCGCUACGUUGGGAUGUGUCCCCGCUCUCCCGGGGUAUCUGAAAGCAAUGAAGGAAGUGUGUGAGCGACAUGGGGCCUUGUUGAUUCUGGACGAAGUGAUGAGCGGUAUGGGACGGACGGGGACCCUCCAUGCCUGGGAACAGGAAGACGUUGUCCCAGAUCUCCAGACCAUUGCUAAGGGUCUGGGAGCUGGAUAUGCUCCUGUCGCAGGACUGCUGGUCAAUAAGCAUGUCAUCGACACUUUGACCAAUGGCACGGGCGUAUUCGUUCACAGCCAGACAUACCAGGGCCACCCGGUAGCCUGUGCUGCUGCAUACAAAGUGCAGAAGAUCAUCCAGGAAGACAACCUCCUUGCGAAUGUACGCGCAAUGGGCGGGUACCUCGGUCAGCUACUUACGAAGCGACUGGCCGAUCAUCCACACGUCGGUGACAUCCGUGGUCGAGGUCUAUUCUGGGCAAUUGAAUUUGUCCAAGACAAGCAGACGAAGGAGCCGUAUCCUCCCUCGAACGCUCUAGCGUGGACUCUACAUACGGCAGGCUUGAAGCCGCAGCAUUCUAUCUCCCUAAUGCCAGGCAGUGGCGGAGUCGACGGCACGAAUGGAGACCAUAUUAUCCUGGCACCGCCAUAUAAUACUACGCGAGAGGAGGUUGAAUUGAUGGUUGACCGCACUGUGCGCGUCAUUCAGGACGUUCUGGGCUGA